GAUACAUAAACUGUGGAAGAUUCCAAAUGAAACAGGUACUGCACUCUUAAAGAACACUAUGCCAAAACAACCCAUGCAUUCCAACAAAACAUGUAUUUGUUGUUACAAGCUAUCAUGAAUAAUACUAAUUUAGUGUGGGUGGAACUGCUUGUGUUUACAGAUGGAUGGUUAUACAAACAACCUAGUUUUUACUUCAUUUCAUCUGAGAAGAAGAGCUGGAGUGACAGCAGAAGUUACUGUAGAGAGAGAGGAGCAGAUCUGACCAUCAUUAACAACAAAGAAGAACAAGAGUUUGCUGUCAAGGCUACUGGCGAUUAUGGAGUCUGGAUUGGUUUGUCUGACAGUGAUGAGGAGGGCAGAUGGACAUGGGUUGAUGGCAGCACAUUGACCUCUGGAUUCUGGAGGUCUGGAGAACCCAAUGGUGAUAAAUCAGAGAAUUGUGCUGUGUCUUACUCAUCAGGAGGGUAUGAUUACCCAUGUGAUCGACCUUAUAAAUGGAUUUGUGAGAGAAACAUUUUUUAAUAAAUUGUUGAGCUACUGUAUAUGUUCAUGCUUUCACAUCCGGACCGGAGAAGAUUGUGAGUGAUGUUGAAGUUGAAGUCAAACAUACUGUACAGUAUAUAACCUUUUCAGCAAAACUUUUUAAAAUCAUUUUUAUAU